AUAUACAUACCUUCGGGUUGGGUAUAAAAACUUUAGCUUAAUGCUCGGUAGUCAUCAGUUCCAUUCUAAGACUCUCCGUAGAAUCUUCUCCCAACAAACAAAAUAACCAAAAGCUCAAAAUGAAAUUCCUUCUUGCUAUUGUCUUUGUUGCUGUCAUUGCUGCCGCUGCAGGUUUUGAAAUUCCAGAGGAUGAAAUGACGAGGGCAAUGGGAAUCGUCGGCAAUUGCAGAGAUGAAAUAACUAUAACCGAUGAAGAAUUCGAAAAAUUGAAGGAUGGUGAAAAUUUCGCAGCUAGUGAAAAUGCCAAGUGCCUUACCAGUUGUAUCCAAGAGGAGGCUGGUAUAACAAAGGAUGGAGUCUUCCAAGCAGAUGCAGUUUUGGCUAAAUUCGCACCCCUUGUUGGUGAGGAGGAAAUCAAGAAAGUUAUUGAAGCUUGCAAGGAUGAAUCUGGCGCAGGAAAGUGUGAGACAUCAUACAAACUACAUCAAUGCUUCAAGAAGCUCGACGCCUAUUAAAUUAUGAUUUAAAGUUUAAAAAAAAACGAAAAACAAUGAAAUAAAUAUUUGCAGAUUUUUAUAAUCAAAA